GCAGAUAGGUUUAAUUUCAUCGCAAAGAACGCAUCGUACAUCUCGGAACCUCUCUGCCUUGUAACCGGUGUCGUCCACAUUACUGUCAAGACCUUUUCUUUAAAAAAGCUUGUACGUGUCACUCACUUCAUCCUGCGUGGAGCGAUGGGAGAGGCCGAGACGCGCCAGAAAUUGCUGCGUAAUGUGAAAAAAGAGGUGAAACAAAUUAUGGAGGAGGCAGUAACAAGGAAAUUUGUGCAUGCAGACAGCAGCCACAUUAUAUCCUUCUGUGCUGUGGUGGAGGCCUGUGUGCUUCAUGGACUGAAGCGUCGUAUUGCAGGCCUGCUAUGCAGUAACAAGGUUGCAGCACUCUUUAUGAAGGUGGCAAAAAGCUUUUCACCUGCUGAGGACCUCUGCCGCAAGGUCCAAGAGUUGGAGCAGCUUAUGGAAAGCAGCAAACAGAACAAUACUUCACUGACCAAUGAACGCAGCCGGCAAUCUAAGUUGGCCAACCUCCCUCCACAAGCACUGAAACACCUGUGGAUCCGAACUGCACUGAUGGAGAAGCUCCUGGACAAGAUUGUCCUGUACUUGGUAGAGAACAGCAGUUCCUACUAUGAGAAAGAAGCCAUGCUGAUGGAUCCCGUCGAUGGACCAAUUCUUGCAUCUCUAUUGGUUGGCCCUUGUGCUUUGGAGUACACCAAAGUUAAGACUGCAGAUCAUUUCUGGACAGAUCCCUCUGCAGAUGAGCUCGUACAGCGACAUCGCAUCCACAGCCUUCACUGCCGACAGGAUUCUCCCUCUAGACGGCCUGCCCUGAUCCAAAAGAGACAGUCCAGCGGUAGCAUGGAGGAUCGCCCUCUCAUGUGGGUGAGAGACUAUGUUGAAUCACUCCACCAAAACUCCAGGGCCACACUUCUGUUUGGCAAGAACAAUGUCCUGGUGCAGCCGAGAGAUGACAUGGAGGCCAUCCCAGGCUACCUUUCUCUACAUCAAACUGCAGAUCUCAUGACACUGAAAUGGACACCCAAUCAGCUGAUGAAUGGUAAUGUGGGGGAGCUAGAUUCUGAGAAGAGUGUUUAUUGGGAUUAUGCUAUGACUAUUCGUUUGGAGGAGAUUGUGUAUCUCCACUGUCAUCAACAAGUGAACAGUGGUGGGACAGUAGUUUUGGUGAGCCAGGAUGGGAUUCAGAGACCUCCUCUACAUUUCCCCAAAGGAGGCCACCUCCUCCAGUUUCUUACCUGCCUGGAAACUGGCCUGUUACCUCACGGACAGCUGGACCCACCACUGUGGAAUCAGAGAGGAAAGGGAAAGGUUUUCCCCAAACUGCGGAGGAGAAGUCCUCAUGGCUCAUGUGAUUCCGUAUCAGAUAAGGAAGAUGAUGAGGCAACCGAUUAUGUGUUUCGGAUCCUCUUUCCUGGCAAUCAGAUGGAGUUUAUGGCUCUAGAGCUGAUGGACCAGGGUGUGAACAUAUGGCAACCGACCCCCAGAAAGUCUUCCUGCUCCUCCUGCUCGCAAAAUGGCUCUUCUGAUGGCUCUCUGUCAAACGGCUGUAAUCAAGAAAGGGCUCCCCUGAAGCUCCUGUGUGACACUAUGAAGUACCAGAUAAUCUCCCGUGCUUUCUAUGGAUGGCUCGCAUACUGCCGUCAUCUGUCCACAGUUCGUACUCACCUUUCUGCGCUUGUCAACACCACUAUAGUUGACCCUGAUGUGCCCAGUGAUGCCCAGGGAGGUCUCUCUGUUGAGGUCUGGGGCAGGUUCCUCCAGGACAACUCUACCUAUGAGGAAAAGGAGAUACAUAGACUUGUGUAUUUUGGUGGGGUGGCUCCUUCUCUACGCAAAGAGGUCUGGCCCUUCCUGCUGGGUCACUACCAGUUCAGCAUGACUGAGAGGUCCAGGCUGGAGAUUGAUGAACAGAUGCGGACCAUGUAUGAGCAGACUAUGAAGGACUGGCAGGGUUGUGAGACCAUUGUCCGUCAGAGAGAGAGAGAAAAACACGCCGAGGCCCUCGCCAGAUGUUUGUCUGGAGCCAGUGUGGAAAGAGGACCAGUGCAGCGAGACUCCACCAUCAGUACAGAUUCUUCUCUAAGUAGCAGCUCAGAUCACCAGAAUGCCCAUUCACAAAGUGAUUCCAGCAGUAGCAUACAGGUAUUUGGAUCGGUUGAGGCAGUUGAUCAGCCUGAGCUCAGUCCUGAGGAAGCACGGCAUAGCAGAGCAGUGAAAGACAACCCAAAUGACAUCACAGCCUCUCCACAACUUCCGUCCCACAAUUCCCCCUCUCCAGAUCUGUCAAAUCAACAUCCCCGUUCAGAAAGCAGCUCUCUUGUAAUAGAGACAACUGUUGAAUCAACUACAGAAGUCUUGAAUGAGAUCAUUACAACUGAAUCACAGCUAGGAGGGGACACUGUAAAGGACCCAGUAGAUGAGGACAAGGUUUCAGAAACAGAAAAGAUGGAGAGAGCUCCUGAAAGUAAGUUAGCUGAGGACGCUGGUAUCAGUAAGUCAAAAGAGACAUCUGCAGCUGAGGAAAAACACGAAGAAGAAAAAAAUAAAACUACACACGGGCCAUCUAAAGGUUCAAAAGCAGGAGACACAAAUAUAAAUGUGAAAUCUCCUCCAGAGAACACUAAUGUUCUAAAGCUAGAAACUGAGAUUCAUAAUGAAUAUUUCCAAGCACCUCUGCUUGGUCAGACUUUAACUCUUCAAGCACAAAAGAGCAAAGAUCUGCAAGUGGAGCCAUUAUAUCCACCUACAGCAGAAAAGAAUCCAAAUCCACCAACCCAAAAAAAGCCAGAGAUUUCUGAAGAAAUACCUUCACUAAUGAUCAAGACCUGUGCCACAGACUCAGAAAGAAAGGAUGCUGAAGCAACAGUUUGUGAUUUGGCUGAAGCUAAAAAGGACAAAGCUGCAGAAAUUCCAUUUGAGAAGCCUGGUUCCAAUUCGCCUGUCAGACAGGUACUGAAUGCUCUUCAGUCAGCAUCAAGGGGAAGCCUUUCAUUAUCGUCCCACUGUUGGCAGUCACCAGACACAGCUGAUUCAGAUGACUCUCCUUCUGCCCUGGAAAUGGAGGAUAUUCCUGCAGGGAUAACAUGUGUGACCUUUGAGGAUAUUAAGGUCAGGCCUUUGAUAGGCCUCGCUGCACCACCUAACUCACUGGCACAAAGAGAGAAAAUGACAUCUGAGGGCCUUGCUCUUGAUCUCCAUCUGGACACAGCAUGUAACAGCAGUCCUGAGGGCACUGACCUGGGUCUUUCUGAAGAGGAGUUUGAGAUGGAGAAUGUGCUUGCUGAACCAGAGCCUGCAGAGGUGGGAGGAGACACCAAACAUGAGGAAUCCUCAGAAGAACAACCCUAUUCUCAAGAAACACUGGACAUGUACCUAAUCAACUUACAUCGCAUUGACAAAGAUGUGAGGCGCUGUGACAGAACAUACUGGUACUUCACUCCUGAAAACCUAGAGAAGCUGCGUAACAUUAUGUGCAGUUAUGUGUGGCAGCAUCUGGAUACAGGUUACGUCCAGGGCAUGUGUGAUCUGCUGGCUCCCCUGCUAGUUAUUCUGGAUGAUGAGGUCAUGGCAUUUAGCUGCUUCACUGAACUGAUGAAGAGAAUGAACCAGAAUUUUCCUCAUGGAGGUGCCAUGGACUCUCACUUUGCUAAUAUGCGUUCUCUUAUCCAGAUCCUGGACUCUGAGCUGUUUGAGCUGAUGCAGCAGAAUGGAGACUACACCCACUUCUACUUCUGUUAUCGUUGGUUUCUACUAGACUUCAAAAGAGAAAUGGUGUAUGAUGACGUGUUCUCGGUGUGGGAAACCAUCUGGGCCGCCAAGUGCAUCUCCUCUGAGCAUUUUGUGCUGUUCUUUGCUCUGGCACUUGUGGAGAUGUAUAGAGAUAUCAUUCUAGAAAAUAACAUGGACUUCACAGACAUCAUCAAGUUCUUCAACGAAAUGGCAGAGCGACACAACGUCCCCCAGGUCUUGAUGAUGGCUCGUGACUUGGUGCACAAAGUGCAGACUCUCAUAGAAAACAAGUGAUGCACAAUGCUGCUGUUUAACUUCAAUAACUCUUUGUGUGAAAUUGGUUCAAGAUUACUGACACAACCACAUAAUAGCCAUGUAUCCAAGAGGAAAGGAAUCAGUGUUCAUGAAAUGCAGUGAUUGGUAAGGACUGAAAGUGCUCAUUAUUCUAUGAUAGGUGUAUAGCAGUUUAUCUCCACUGCUUUCAAUCUUUGAGAGAUGCUCGGUAUCGCCAGUACAUUUAUUUUUAAAGUGUUACUGUUCAUCCUGUGAAUGUACCCUUGUUGAAUCUGCUUCAGGAUGUUAUUUAUUUUGCUUUAAAACCAUUGCUAUUUUUUUCAGGGAUAGAACAACCAAAUUCUCCACUGUAUUAUUCUUCAUGAUUACUUUUGUUGUUUUACCUUUCAUAGUUAUACAUCUUGUGAAACACUGGACAAUAGUUUAGGUAUUAUUAUUUUGUUGAAAUUGUAGCUGCCAAAGUUUAACUUCUUGUGAUACACUUGAAUAUAUUUUAGUAAACAAUAUCUGGCAUUACUGGAUGAUUUGAUUUUGUAAACAUUAGCAGUACUACUGACCAAGCUGUGGUUGGUCAGUGAUAUGUCGUGUCCAAGUAGCAUGUGUGGUCACCGGUUUGCUUCUCAUCAGCCAUUUUGAGGACCACUCCUUGGUCUCUCUGAAGCUUGAUGGCUCUCUUCCUGUGUUUGCCUCUGAUGCAGACCGGACCUGUAAAUGCUACACAGUAAAGCAUGAUUGCACAUAUUUGCAUAUACAGCGUUCCUAUUUCCUCUGGUUCCCAACCAAGUUAUUAUACUGUGCGAUCCUUCUAUCACUGACCCCCUUUGUGCAUUGAUUAAGGUGUAAUUCAAUCUGCUUCAUGCUUUGCUCCCUUUCCUAUAUUUUUAUGCUUCUGUGGCAUCAACUCAAUCAGACCAUUAAUGCAGUAUGUUGUUCUUUCCAUUGACUGACACAGUGCUGCUGAGGCUGAAACAUUCAGCUGUUGGUUCCCAUGACAUCAAGACAGCACAGUGCUAACAGAUUUUGUCUCCUUGCAGCACUGUGAGUGCUGCUGUGAUGGUUAAUUUUUAGCUUAUGGUCUGCAAUGAGAGCAUCAUGCCUGAAGAGUUUCAUAGUGUUUGCCUUUGUCUUGCACUGCUGAUCUUGGUUGCUUUGUAUUUAACCCAUUCUGGUCAAUAUACACCAAAACACUCACAAUAAUUUUUGAUAUUUCCUAGACUAACUGUGCAUGUUUCUUCACAGUUACUCUACGUUCAUACCUGUUGAAAAUGAACUCUGUUUGCCAGUCACUUAACCUUUCACUUUAGGCUGAUACCUGUAUGACAUUCACAGGUUAUUUACACUUGAGUCAUUUCUCAUCUCCUGUAAUGCUACUUCAUACCCAGCAAGCACCCUCCGCCUUGAUGAACUUACCUCUAUUUACCUCACGUUAUACUCUGCCGGCUCAAUAGCAUCUGAUGCCCUCCAUUACCUUGGAGAGCACCAGACCGUACUUCUUCCCAUGACUAACUUGAGUGAACAACUUAAGUGCACACUCAAAAGUUUCUCUGUUAUCUGUACCAUGUUGCUCAGACUGUCAUAACCUCAGCUAAUGUAUCUAAAAAUGUAUCUUGUUGAAGUCCUCAUCAGGUUUUCACAGUCUUGUAAGCACCAGAAGUAUUACGUUUAAAGGGAUCAUUCAGUGAUUAUGUAGCCAUGGAUAUAAUCUGCUUUAUAUGUGUAAAUUUUGAGAUGUGCACCACAGAAUCUUCUGCCUGCAACCUAAUCCAGUGGAGGUGAAUGGAAUUUCAAGUGUUGAAAAGUUAUUCUGAUUAUCCUUAAAUGAUUAUUCUUAUCCUUAUUUAAUGUCAGUGUGUCUUUCCAGAAACAAAUGGCAUGGACUUUGAUGUUAGCAUUUAUACUGCAUCUUUUUGGUAAUCCCAAUGAAAUUCCAGUAAAGUAGAACUGAUCAGUUUGGCAGACAUUUCAGAGAUGGGUGUUUCAAAAUCUGAGCAGAUAAAAACUAUAUACAUGGAUAGAUACCAACAAAAAUAAGUCAAAAAAUGUUUAUUGGUGCCGCUCACAGUUGCGAAACAGCCCAAGCACACCUGUAUUUGAUUUACUGUGGCUUAAAUUUUAGUUUUGUCUCCAUAUACAGUAAUUCUCACAACAUACCUGAAUAUUGCUGUUUCUGUGUUGCUGUUUGUUGUCAGAAGAUGCACUGUAUACAAAAUUUAAAAGAAUCUGAUUUACUGUACACACACACACUAAGCUAAGCUAAGCUAGUAUAUAUUUAUUAAAUGCAAUACAAUGUCAGUAGAUGGGCUUUAUCUGAUUAAAUGGAACAGAAAAAAUGUCAUUGGAAAUAUAUUUUUAUUUUUUUCUGUCUCUUCUCAAAUUG